GCCCGCCAGCCACCACCAGGGGAGGGAUCUGGGCGAGCAGCGCCCUCGCUCAGUUGCUCCCAGCAGUGGCCCUGGGGCCAGCUCUGCUCCCUGUGCCUGCUCCCCACCUGGACACAAGGCUCACUCACGCCCUCCUCUUGGCAACCAGCUUCUUGCCAGCCACAGCCGCUGCCCCAUCACUGCCCACCGCCCUGUCCCGUGAGCAUAGACCCACCCCACCUUGGGGCUCCUCUGCCGGAAAGGUGGCUGCCCCCUGCAUUCCUCCAUCCAACCAUGAAUUGGUGCCUGUCAACACGGAGAGUGCACCAAAGAAUGUAGUGGACACGGGAGAAGGAACCUUCCGGGGUGGGAACACUCGGAAAAGCCUUGAGGAAGACGGCUCCAUCAGAGUCACCCCGAGUGUCCAGCCCCCUCCCCAGCCCGUCAGUCUUCCCAGAAACAUGAGUGUGAGCCAGACCAUGGAGGACAGUUGUGAGCUGGACCUGGUGUACGUCACAGAGAGGAUCAUCGCCGUCUCCUUCCCCAGCACAGCCAAUGAGGAGAAUUUCCGGAGCAACCUCCGUGAGGUGGCCCAGAUGCUCAAGUCCAAACAUGGAGGCAACUACCUGCUUUUCAACCUCUCUGAGCGGAGACCUGACAUCACGAAGCUCCACGCCAAGGUACUGGAAUUUGGCUGGCCUGACCUCCACACCCCAGCCCUGGAGAAGAUCUGCAGUGUAUGCAAGGCCAUGGACACUUGGCUCAACGCAGACCCCCACAAUGUCGUUGUUCUACACAACAAGGGAAACCGAGGCAGGAUAGGAGUGGUCAUCGCCGCUUACAUGCACUACAGCAACAUUUCGGCCAGCGCCGACCAGGCACUGGACCGGUUUGCAAUGAAGCGGUUCUAUGAGGAUAAGAUUGUACCCAUUGGCCAGCCGUCCCAGAGAAGGUACGUGCAUUACUUCAGCGGCCUGCUCUCUGGCACCAUCAAAAUGAACAACAAGCCCUUGUUUCUGCACCAUGUGAUCAUGCAUGGCAUCCCCAACUUCGAGUCUAAAGGAGGGUGUCGGCCAUUUCUCCGGAUCUACCAGGCCAUGCAACCUGUUUACACAUCUGGCAUCUAUAACGUCCAAGGAGACAGCCAGACCAGCAUCUGUAUCACCAUCGAGCCUGGGCUGCUCUUGAAGGGAGACAUCUUGCUGAAGUGCUACCACAAGAAGUUCCGGAGCCCAGCCCGAGAUGUCAUCUUCCGUGUGCAGUUCCACACCUGCGCCAUCCAUGACCUGGGGGUUGUGUUUGGGAAGGAGGACCUUGAUGAUGCCUUCAAAGAUGAUCGAUUUCCAGAAUACGGCAAGGUGGAAUUUGUAUUUUCUUAUGGGCCAGAGAAAAUUCAAGGCAUGGAACACCUGGAGAACGGGCCGAGCGUGUCAGUGGACUACAACACCUCUGACCCCCUCAUCCGCUGGGAUUCCUACGACAACUUUAAUGGGCAUCGUGAUGACGGCAUGGAGGAGGUUGUGGGACACACGCAGGGGCCGCUGGAUGGGAGCCUGUAUGCCAAGGUGAAGAAGAAGGACUCCCUGAAUGGCAGCACUGGGGCUGUCAACGCCACACGUCCUGCUCUGUCGGCCACUCCCAACCACGUGGAACACACCCUGUCCGUGAGCAGUGACUCCGGCAACUCCACAGCCUCCACCAAGACAGACAAGACUGAUGAGCCUGCCUCCGGCCCCUCCAGUGCCCCUGUUGCCCUGAGUCCUGAGGAGAAGCGCGAGCUGGACCGCCUGCUCAGUGGCUUCGGCUUAGAACGAGAGAAGCCAGGCAAUAUGUACCACACCCAACACCUCCGGUCCCGCCUGGCGGGGGGCCCUGCUGUGCCCUCUGCCAGCCGUCAUGUUGUCCCAGCCCAGGUUCACGUCAAUGGUGGGGCCUUGGCAUCUGAGCGGGAGACAGACAUUCUGGACGAUGAACUGCCCAACCAGGACGGGCACAGCGUGGGCAGCAUGGGCACAUUGUCUUCCCUGGACGGGAUCACCAACACCAGUGAGGGGGGUUACCCAGAGGCGCUGUCCCCCUUGACCAAUGGCCUGGACAAGCCCUACGCCGUGGAACCUAUGGUGAAUGGUGGGGGCUACCCCUAUGAGUCUGCUAGCCGGGCAGUGCCUGCCCAUGCGGGCCACCUGGCCCCCAUGCGACCCUCCUACUCUGCACAGGAGGGUUUAGCUGGCUACCAGCGGGAGGGCCCCCACCCCGCCUGGUCACAACAAGUGACCACCUCCCACUAUGGUCAUGACCCCAGCAGUAUGUUCCGCUCUCAGUCCUUCCCGGACACUGAGCCCCAGCUGCCCCCAGCUCCAGCCCGGGGGGGAAGCAGUCGGGAGGCUGUGCAGAGGGGCCUCAAUUCCUGGCAGCAACAGCAGCAGCAGCAGCAGCAGCAGCAGAAGCAGACACAGAGUGUCCGGCCCAGCAGGCCCGGCCCCCAGCCAUUGGCAGAGACACCCACGCCUGGCCUCCCUGAAUUCCCGAGGGCAGCCUCCCAGCAGGAGAUCGAGCAGUCCAUUGAAGCCCUCAACAUGCUGAUGCUGGACCUAGAGCCAUCCUCGGCUGCCGCCCCGCUGCACAAAUCCCAGAGUGUCCCUGGGGCCUGGCCUGGGGCCUCCCCGCUCUCCUCUCAGCCUCUUUCUGGCUCCUACCAGACCCAUCCACUGACCCAGUCCAGAUCUGGCUACAUCCCCAGUGGGCAUUCCUUGGGAACCCCUGAGCCAGCCCCACGAACCUCCCUGGAGUCCAUCCCUCAGGGCAGGUCUUACUCACCUUAUGAUUAUCAGGCAUGCCCGGCUGGGCCCAACCAGAGUUACCGUCCAAAGAGCCCAGCUUCCUCCUCUUCCUUGCCUGCUUUCCUCCCAACCAACCACAGCCCUCCAGGGCCUCAGCAGCCCCCCACCUCUCUCCCUGGCCUCGCCGCUCAGCCUCAGCUCCCACCAAAGGAGGUGACUUCAGACCCAUCCCGAACUCCGGAGGAGGAGCCCUUGAACCUGGAGGGGUUGGUGGCCCACCGGGUUGCAGCGUACAACGCCAGAUUGCAGGGUCUUGGGCUAAGUGUCAGCUACCGGCACCCUCCUCUCCACCGGCUCCGAUCUUCCUCCCUCUCUGGGGUGCAGGCUCGGGAGAAGCAGCCUGCAGAGCCCCCAGCCCCUCUCCGGAGGCGGGCAGCCAGCGAUGGACAGUAUGAAAACCAGUCUCCAGAACCCUCAUCCCCCCGGAGUCCUGGGGUGCGCUCCCCAGUCCAGUGUGUGUCCCCAGAGCUGGCUCUCACAAUUGCUCUCAAUCCUGGAGGGCGGCCCAAAGAGCCCCACUUGCACAGCUACAAAGAGGCCUUCGAGGAGAUGGAGGGAACCGCUCCAUCCAGUCCACCGCCCAGUGGGGUGCGCUCCCCUCCAGGUCUGGCCAAGACACCCCUGUCUGCUCUGGGCCUGAAACCCCACAACCCAGCCGAUAUCCUGUUGCAUCCCAAGGGCGAGGAGGAUGGGGGGCAGGAGGUGAUGGAGCCGUCGGGAGAGCCCCGGAGCUACGUCGAGUCGGUGGUGCGGACGGCAGUGGCUGGGCCCCGAUCUCAGGACCCUGAGCCCAAGAGCUUUAGCGCCCCAGCUGCUCAGGCCUAUGGCCAUGACACACCCCUGAGGAACGGGACCCUGGGCGGCUCCUUUGUCUCCCCUAGCCCCCUCUCCACCAGCAGCCCCAUCCUCAGCGCUGACAGCACUUCGGUGGGGAGUUUCCCAUCGGGGGAGAGCAGUGACCAGGGCCCCCGGACACCCACCCAGCCUCUGCUGGAUUCUGGCUUCCGCUCUGGCAGCCUGGGCCAGCCCAGCCCUUCGGCUCAGAGAAGCUACCAGAGUUCUUCUCCUCUUCCAACCGUGGGCAGCAGCUACAGCAGCCCCGACUACUCACUUCAGCAGUUCAGCUCCCCAGAAAGCCAGGCCCGGCCUCAGUUCAAUGCGGCUGGUGUCCACGCGGUCCCUGGGAGCCCUCAAGCACGCCACAGGACAGUGGGCACCAACACUCCCUCCAGUCCCGGCUUUGGCCGCCGAGCUGUCAACCCUGGCAUGGCUGCCCCCAGCAGCCCCAGUUUGAGCCAUCGCCAGGUGAUGGGCCCGCCAGCAACUGGUUUCCAUGGUAAUGUGGUUUCCAGCCCCCAGAGCAGUGCAGUGACCACUCCAGGAAGCCCCAGCCUGGGCCGGCACCCUGGGGCCCACCAGGCCUCAGGCCUCCAUGGCAGUGUGGCUGUCACUCCAGGGAGCCCCAGCCGCGGCCAGCAGCCAGGGGCCCACCAGGCCUCAGGCCUCCCUGGUAAUGUGGCCACUACCCCAGGGAGCCCCAGCCUGGGCCGGCAUCCUGGAGCCCACCAGGGCAACUUGGCCUCCAAUCUCCAUGGCAACACAAUAUCCAGCCCUGGAAGCCCCAUCCUGGGCCGUCAUCUCGGAGCAUCUGGAUCCGUGGUUCCCGGCAGCCCCAGCUUGGAUCGGCACGUGGCCUAUGGCGGCUACUCCACCCCUGAGGACCGGAGACCCACACUGUCCCGGCAGAGCAGUGCCUCUGGUUACCAGGCUCCUUCCACGCCCUCCUUCCCUGUGUCUCCUGCCUACUACCCGGGCCUGAGCAGCCCCGCCACCUCCCCUUCGCCAGAUUCGGCAGCCUUCCGGCAAGGGAGUCCAACACCGGCCUUGCCAGAGAAGUGGAGGAUGUCCAUGGGAGACCGAAUGGGCAGCCUCCCCAACUAUGCCACCAUCAAUGGGAAGGUGUCGUCCUCGCCUGUCGCCAGUGGCAUGUCCAGUCCCAGCGGGGGCAGCACUGUCUCAUUCUCGCACACCCUGCCUGACUUCUCCAAGUACUCCAUGCCAGACAACAGCCCAGAGACCAGGGCUAAAGUGAAAUUUGUCCAGGACACUUCCAAGUAUUGGUACAAACCUGAGAUCUCCAGAGAACAGGCCAUCGCUCUGCUGAAGGACCAGGAGCCCGGGGCCUUCAUCAUCCGUGACAGCCCCUCUUUCCGAGGAGCCUAUGGGCUGGCCAUGAAGGUGUCUUCUCCCCCUCCGACCAUCAUGCAGCAGAAUAAGAAAGGGGACAUGACCCAUGAGCUGGUGAGACAUUUCCUGAUAGAGACCGGCCCCCGAGGAGUCAAGCUCAAGGGCUGCCCCAACGAGCCAAACUUUGGAUCUCUCUCUGCCCUGGUCUACCAGCACUCCAUCAUCCCGCUGGCCCUGCCCUGUAAGCUGGUCAUUCCAAACCGAGAUCCCACAGAUGACUCGAAAGAUAGCUCGGGCCCUGCCAACUCAACCACCGACCUGCUAAAGCAAGGAGCAGCCUGCAAUGUGCUCUUCGUCAACUCUGUGGACAUGGAGUCGCUCACUGGGCCACAGGCCAUCUCCAAAGCCACUUCCGAGACACUGGCUGCUGACCCCACGCCAGCUGCCACCAUCGUUCACUUCAAAGUGUCUGCCCAGGGAAUUACACUGACUGACAACCAGAGAAAGCUCUUCUUCAGACGACACUACCCUCUCAACACCGUCACCUUCUGUGACCUGGAUCCACAGGAGAGAAAGUGGAUGAAGACGGAGGGAGGUGCCCCUGCUAAGCUCUUCGGCUUUGUGGCCCGGAAGCAGGGCAGCACCACGGACAACGCCUGCCACCUCUUCGCUGAGCUCGAUCCCAACCAGCCUGCCUCCGCCAUUGUCAACUUCGUCUCCAAGGUCAUGCUGAGUGCCAGCCAGAAGAGAUGAACUCACCCCAUGCCCCGGGCCAGGGCAGUGGGGAUGGGCCAUGUGGGGAGGGGACCCAUGAAUCCUGACCAUCUCUGAAUCCAGAAGGAGGACUUUGGGCCAAUUUUGGAGAAGGAGAGAAGAAAGUGUGACAUGGGGAGAGGGAAGUGAAUUGCGGAGGGGCGGGGGAGAGAGGGAGAGAAAGAAAGAAAAGGAUGGAGGAGGAUAACCCGGAUUCCCUUGGGUAGAUGGCUACUGCGCAACCCCCAAAGUCUCCAAAACGAAGCAGGUCCACCUAACUCCCUCUUACCCUCACAGGAGGCAGAGCUGGCCUCCUUGGGGACCCAUAUUUUGGGGGGAAAUGGGAAAGUGUCUCCAUAGCCCAACUGCUUUGCAAGGAGAAAUCAAGUCAAGAGAAUCUUUUUCUGACCCCCACUAGGGUACAUUGUCAAACCAAAAGGAGCCAGCAUGGGACAUCACGUGGCAGAACUUUUGCUUUGAAAGUAUCUCAGACCCGAGGUACCUAAGGCCUCUCUGCUCUGCCUCUGAUGUACAGUUUGCGUGGGAAUGUAUGUGGGGUUGUGUAUAUAUAUCUGCUCCCACAUCCUCACACUCAGAUUUAUAUUCGACUCGCGGCUAGAAUUGUAAACAGGUGUACUUGUCCAUGUUCCACAUUUGCACACAUGUGCAUACUGUCUAGAGGUCAGAGUUGGGGUGACCCAGCAUCAGGGAGGGGACGCCAGCCUUCUUCCCCAGGAGCACCCAGGAAUAUGGGUAACAGGCUCUGACUUGGUCCCCCCGGCACCUGCGCUCUAGUGGCCCCACGUGCCUCCAGCGCCUUCUCCUUGGCAAAGACCCGGGCAGGAGUGGUGGGGCCAUUGGUUGGAGGAGAUGGAGAGGUGCAUUUCCAUAGCUUCGGGGAAGAGACCCAUCAGCCACAGUGGCUUUGACCUCCAGGCAUCUUCCCCGAGUUGUGUGGCAAGGUGGGCAGGCCACUCCCCCCAGCUCUCAGCCCUCAGCCCAUUCUUGGCUGCCAAGACCACACCAGCCUUAUCUCAGACCGGCUUAUCUGCAUGAUGUCUUCUUGGGUGCUGGGGAUCGAGCCUUCUGAUCUGCCCAGCUCUGUUCUGUCCUGCAGGUCCCCCUGUUGGGCUCAUCCUAGGGAACCUGCUUCCAAAAGCCUUGCUCAGCAAGGGCCAGGGGAUGCCUGGGGUCCUGUCCUCCCCUCUGCCAGGGUUUGGGGCCUGACUUCUGCUGGGCUGUCCAAGUGACUCGGCAGUGCUCUGGGCUGCUGUCUAUAUACCACAUGGCCUAUGUACAAUACCAAAGCCUUGCUGUUCCCACUUCUGCCUUGGUUUCCCCAGCAGAAACAAGCUGCACGGGAGCAGAGGGCCUAGAAUCCGCCUGGGCAAUUGGGAACCCCCUGACCUCCACCCAAGUACCCUCAGCUGGAAUGGAAAAGUCACCAGGACUCCAUUCUCGAGGGGCUUCUUAAGCCUCUGGGGGUCCCUUGGAGAGAGGCAUUGUACUGAUAUAUAAAUAUAUAUAAUAUAUAUGUGAGACAUACUGACAGAAUCUGUAAGCUAAUAAAAUAUAAGAAAAGGUUAAAAAAAGAA